AUCAGAAGAGUCAUUUCAUUUCUGUUACACACAAAUCUUCUAUUACAGUUGCUAAUAUAGAUUUCGAUGAUAUUAAUUUGGAAAGAUCUUACGGACCGAUUAAAAGUUAUGCACAAUCGAAAUUGGCGAACAUUUUGUUCACUAAGGAACUCGCUCGUAAAUUAAAAGAGGCAGAUAUUCAUGGAAUAAAUGUAUAUUCUUUACAUCCUGGUAUGAUUCCGACUGGACUAUUCCGAUAUGGUGAUAGGGUACUAUUUCCAGGUUUUACUUUCUGUUGUAAUAUGUUUAUGCGAUUUUUUUAUAAAAACGCUGAAGAAGGAGCGCAAACAACAAUAUAUUGUUCCGUAGAUGAAGAGAUAGCCAAUGAGACCGGACUUUAUUAUUCGAAUUGCGGUAUUGCUACUCCAUAUCGAAUGGCAAACAAGCAUCAAUACCCCGAAAAAUUAUGGGAUAUAUCCUGUCGUCUCUUACAUCUGAAUCCAAACGAAGAUUUUGUUACAAUUUUAGAAACCGCUUCGCGACAAGUGCAUUAAAAAGGUUUUUUUUUUUAAGAGAAUCAUUGUGAGAACUGUAUAAAUAUCAAAUUAUUUGAAAAGUUCGCGUAUAAAGAUUUUUAAAAGAUGGUAUUGCAGCUCGCUCGAACAUGUCGCAUUUUAUAUCAAGGUACC